AUAUUUGCAUUGAAACUGCUUUUGACAAUUUGCUUGCUUGAAUUUGGAACUUUGAACUCUUUGAAGUUUUGUAGUACUUGCAUCACAUCCGUUCCCAGGCGAUUUGCUUUCACUCAAGAUUGUGAGCUCCUUGGCUGGUAGCUGGGCUGGUAGUCCCAAGUGUUUAUUUGCUGCCAUAGCUCUUUAAGUUAGCUUCGCCACCUACCUCUCCUCGGUUUGACUUGAAACCUUGCCGCCCCAGCUUGCUGCAAUUGCAACCCAGGACAACACAACUCUCUCCAUCUCCUCUGUUUAUCCUUCGCCUCAGUAAUCGAGAUGUCGCUAUCAUACUAUUUGAAACAUUUGUUCUUGGGGUCACUGGUGACCUCCACGCUGGCUCGUCCCCAGCAAAAGCCCCUUGCUGACGAUGAUGACGACACCCCUCUGCCGGUAGUGAUCUGGCAUGGACUUGGCGAUGAUUACUCGGCCCAGGGCCUUCGUCAGGUUGGCGAGAUUGUCGAAGCGGCCAACCCUGGAACCUUUGUAUACUUCAUCCGCAUGGACGACAAUGCAUCACAGGAUCGCAGCGCGACCUUUUUCGGCAACCUGACGGAGCAGGUACAGAAGGUCUGCGACGACAUUGCCAGCCACCCCAUUCUCUCGACGGCCCCUGCCAUCGACGCGCUCGGCUUCAGCCAGGGCGGCCAGUUCCUACGUGCGUACGUCGAGCGCUGCAACUCGCCCCCGGUCCGCAGCCUGGUCACGUUUGGCUCUCAGCACAACGGAAUCAUUGACUUCAAGGCCUGCUCCGCCACCGACUUCCUCUGCAAGGGCGCCAUGGCCCUACUUCGCGGAAACACCUUUUCGCAGUUUGUGCAGAGCCGUCUGGUGCCCGCGCAGUACUUCCGCGACCCGGCCAACAACUAUGACAAGUACCUCGAGUCCAGCAACUUCCUGGCCGACAUCAACAACGAGCGCGCGCUCAAGAACCAGACCUACAAGAAGAACCUUGCCAAGCUGGUCAACUUUGUCAUGUUUGCCUUCGAUGAAGACACCACCGUCAUCCCAAGGGAGACGGCGUGGUUUGAGGAGGUCAAUGGCACCGAGGUCAUCCCUCUUCGCGCCAGAAAGCUUUAUACGGAGGACUGGAUCGGUCUCCGUGAGCUGGACCGCAACGGUGGCUUGAAGCUGAGGACCUGUCCCGGCGAGCACAUGCAGCUUUCUGAUGAAUUGCUCAACAAGACAUUCACUGAGUUCUUUGGGCCCAACAACAAGAAGUUUGGCAUGGGCGGCCAAGCGGGUGAUCUGGAUGUCACGCGGGAAGACGAGCUUUAGGUGUUAACCUAGCUAUGGAGUGCAUGUACAACAGUUGUUUGAUAGCAUAGGAUCCAGGCCUCUGAUAAGAAAUUGCAUAGUUCCCACAUUCUAGGUUGUAAUA